UUAUUUGUUAUCAUGCGAAUACAAGAUAUCUUCUCAAUAGUUUGUAAGAGAACUAAGACAUGCUUUAAAACAAACAAAACAUCUAUCUAAAAUUAUAUAUGAGUGCAGGAAUAAACUAAAAUUCAGUUUUUUAACCUUGAUUCAUAAAUCUUAGCAUUUUCUGAGGUUUUGAGGUCAAUCAUUUUUUUCGCGUUUUCCUUAACGCUCCAAUGCAUUUUUAUAAAGUUGUGACCCCCCCCCCUUUCUAAAUUCCUAGCUACGGGAUUGAAUUUGUCUUCACCAGUUGACUUCACAUUAGAGUUUUCUAAAUCUUGAAUCAUUUAUUUAGGAUUUGAGGCAGUGCAGUGCAGGUACUUGAGAAGUAGUUGUAACGGAAGUACGGAGUUCAGCAACCUCGCUGCUCUCAAUAUAAACCUCGUGCUAGAAUCCAUUCAACUUUUACCCUGUCCGACUCCGUACACAUUGAUAUUCUAAUUUUGGUACGGCACCAGUUGCUGUUCCGUACAUUAAUGAGAAUUGUACGGAAUUCAACGCUAUCCCGUACAUUAAUGAAAAUUGUACGGGAUUCAACGAUGUUCCGUACAUUAAUGAGAAUUGUACGGGAUUCAACGCUUUUCCGUACAUUAAUUAUACGGGAUUCGAUACUAUUAUCUGACAAAUAAGAAAUAUAAAUCUCUUCAGGAUAAUAUCUGCUAGCAGGAAGAUCAUCAUGCCAAACCUAACCCGGACCCAGAGCAAUCUUCCGCCAACAGUUAACAAGCAGUUUCACUACCCACCCUACUUUUCACCAUUCAGUAGGGAAAACUCCUCUUCAUGUCCUGCAUUAAAUAUUGAUAACAGACCCUACUCCCCUUCAUUAGCAGUUCCUAGAUCAUUCUCACCAAUGUCAGUAUCUACCCGAACCUGUUCCUCCGGUGUGUACAGAUCUAUGGUUUCUCCGAUCAGGCGACCUCACAUGGCUCUGGGACGGACUGCCUCCGGAGGCCACUGCGGAACCUAUGGUGUGGUUGGAUCUGGGAGUAAGAAAGGACUCCACAAAACCUCUUCAGGAGACAUAGUAAGUAAUAUUAUUAAAGGACAGGUUAAAGAAAAAAGAAUUAACACGACAACCAUCACAAAUUCAGGAACUUAUCUUGGAUUUAUUUAA